CCUUCCCUGCUGCUCCCCAGCCCGUCCUGUUCCACUCAAGUAGUAGGAGCCCAGUCUGCUACCCCGGUUUGCAGAUGGUUUCUACCCCCUCCUCCCGGACCCACCCCCUCCCGCAACUGAGCUCUGCCCCUCGCCCAGAGUCACUCUCCUGAGUGCUCGGGGAGGGCUCACAGAGGGAGAUGGAGGACGAGAGGCAGCGGAAGGUGCAGAUGGGGCUGAGCCCCAGUCGCCCGCCAGCUUUCAACUCUAGUAUCGAGACUCCCUAGCUAGCCCUGCUAACUGGUCCUGAGCCGGCGGGUGACGUUGCGGCGCAGCCAGAGACACAAAGGCGACUAGUGGAGGCAGUGGCGUUGGUGGCGGCAGCGCGCCGGGCUGCAGAAGGCAGUCCCGAGUGGAGCAGCGGGAGCGGCCGCCCGCCGGGUCCCUUGCCUUCCCAGGGCUGCCUAUAGCCAGCCUAGCGAGUCCGAGCACCAUGGGAGCCCUUACAGCCCGCCCUCCCCCCCGAAUCCGAUCCCGGCCCGCCCUUUCCCCGGGAUGCCGCUCCUGCUGCAGAUGAGCCUGACCUGGGCCAGCCCAGCUCCAGACAAAGCCAGAUACUCCACUGGACUGAGAGUCAGGAGAGUGGAUUUCUAUUCCUGGUCUGCCACAAUUCAUCUGGGUGACUGUGGGCAAGUUCCUUCACUUCUCUCUCCUCUCCCAUAUUUUCAGGGUUGGACUGUAUGUUCUCUGAGGUCCCUUCUAGCACUAACAUUCUAUGGGCUUGUGAUCAUCUCCCUCUCUUGCUGUUGGUGACAGUAAUGACCAGGUCAAGAUGGCAAAAUCUGGGCUGCAUUUUUCCUAUUGGCUGACUGCUGAUGCACAAUCAACCUGAGGUUAGCAGCUGUCCAGCUCCCAGGUACUUUCGGCCAGCAGGCAGUACCCCUGGAAUUGCUGCAGUGAAGGGAUGCAGUGAAGGGAUGAUACCACCCCCACAGUCCCUGCUGCAGUUCUUAUGAGGGUUUUGAUUUUUCCUCCUCAUCAAGGGUUUUCAGAACUGACCUGCAAUUUUCAGUGUAGACAGUGAAACUUAGGCAAUCCAAAUCAUGGAGACUAACCAGGAAUCAUCCCUCUUCUUGGUGAAGAUUUUGGAGGAGCUAGACACCAAACAGAACACAGUUUCUUACCAGGAUCUUUGCAAAUCCUUGUGUGCUCGAUUUGAUUUAUCUCAGCUAGCCAAGUUGAGAAGUGUGCUGUUUUAUACAGCUUGUCUCGAUCCAAAUUUUCCAGCAACUUUAUUCAAAGACAAAAUGAGAUGCACUGUGAACAAUCAGCAAUCAAAGAAAAUCAUGGUGGCUGCAGAUAUAGUAACAAUAUUCAACCUGAUCCAAAUGAAUGGGGGUGCAGCAAAGGAAAAAUUGCCUGCAGCACGACAGAAAGUUAGAAAGAAUGAAUCAUUUGAAUCAUGCAGGUCUGACACUGAGAUAUGCAAUGUGAUAGACUGUGUGCCUCCUAAUUGUGAACCAAGAGAGAGAGAAUUUAGCCGAGGCUAUUCAGUAAGACGAUCCUCAAAGUGUAGGAAGAUGGAUUGCAAAGACUGCCAACAGUUUGUACCUGCUUCAGAGCCCAACUUUUUGCUGGGAGUCAAUAAGGAGACAAAAAGCCGGGCAGCUUCACUUGACAGGCUGCAGGCCCUGGCAUCCUACUCUAUUGCAAAUUCUCAACCAUGUGAAAUGCAGAGCACUUAUUUUCCCAUGAACAUUGAGAAUGAGUCUAUAUCAGAUCAAGACUCUUUGCCCAUGAACCCCGGGAUCAAAGAAACCUUCAUUUCCAAUGAGGAGCCCUUUGUGGUCCAGUCCUGUGUGCAAAAGAGAAACAUUUUUAAAGAAGAUUUUCAUAAUCUGAUCACAGUGUCACCAAGCUUAGUGCCCCCUGGCAAGAAAACAGAUGAUGUGCUGGGGGAGCCACAGACUAGAAAAGAAACUCAUAAGCCAGCUUUCUUUAAUCACAGCUUUGAAAUGCCAUACAAUAGCCAAUAUUUAAAUCCUGUUUACUCUCCUAUACCUGACAAAAGAAGGGCAAAGCAUGAGAGUUUGGAUGAUCUCCAAGCUUCUACAUAUUUUGGACCCACUACUGUACUAGGGGCCCAAGAAGGGAAGAGGUGGUCAGGGAGGCCAAGUAAGCAGACUGCCUGGCCAGCAAAGAGCUGGAGUUUAAACACUGAGGAGGUUCCUGACUUUGAAAGGUCUUUUUUCAAUAGGAACCCAACUGAUGAAAAACCUCGAUAUCAGAGUUCAAGCAACCCACCUUCUAAUUUUUCAGUCCCAGACAGGCACCAGACAUACCUAAAUCCAAAAGAUCAACAAGCAAUUAUCCCCACAAGCUAUGCAGUGAAACAAAAUGUUCACAAGCCUAAAGAGAUUCCUUCUCCCAUUGACAUGGAGAAACAUGAGCCGAUCAAAAAGUUUAAAGACAAAAGCAUUAAUUGUACCACAGUUCAGAUGAGCAUUGACAAAACGAGCAGUGUGGGGACUCAAACUGACCAGCACAUUCUGGAGCUCAAGAAAUGUAAAGACCUGUGUUCCUCCAAUCAGAGCAAGUAUGGUGAAAGGCAUUCAAUCAAGCAGUCAGAUGAGGAUUCAGAAAUUGUUAGUGAUGAUAUCAGCGACAUUUUUAGGUUUCUGGAUGACAUGAGCAUCUGUGGUUCUACAGGAGUUAUACAAUCCUCUUGUUACAACAGCACUGGAUCCUUAUCUCAGCUGAAUAAAUCAGACUGUGACAGCUCACCUGAGCACAACCUGGCCAAAAUUGCCAAUGGAAAUACUGGCAAUAAGAUAGACAAGGGAGUCCGAUCUGAAAAGGAUACUCCUGAAGAUGAGUUGAAGACAAGUGUUUGCAAACUAGUGCUUAGGAUUGGUGAGAUAGAAAGAAAACUGGAAUCUCUGUCAGGGGUCCGAGAUGAAAUCUCUCAAGUUUUAGGCAAAUUAAACAGAUUGGAUCAAAAGAUACAACAGCCUGAGAAAGUCAGUGUACAAAUUGAUCUGAAUUCCUUAACGAGUGAGGUUCCAUCUGAUGACAGUACCUCCCCUCAAAUAUUCCAUCCCCAUAAUGGCUCACAUGGAAGCAAGUUGGAAAACAGUCCAGAUUGGUGUUGUUCUGAUGCUAGUGGAAGUAACAGUGAAAGCCUUCGAGUCAAGGCCUUAAAAAAGAGUCUGUUUACCAGAAGGUCCUCAAGGUCACUGACUGAAGAGAAUAGUGCUACUGAGUCCAAAAUAGCAAGCAUUUCCAAUUCUCCCAGAGACUGGAGGGCAAUUACUUAUACCAAUGAGGUUGGACUUAAUGAAGAAGAGAUAAAAGACAGAGGGGCUGCAGAAAAUAAGGACUGGCACAGAAAAUCAAAAGAGGCAGACAGACAAUAUGAAAUUCCUCAGCCCCACCGAAUAGCUAAGCAGCCGAAAGAUGGUUUCUUGGUGGAACAAGUCUUCAGUCCUCACCCCUACCCUUCAUCACUCAAAUCACACAUGAAAAGCAAUCCAAUCUACACUGACAUGAGACUGACUGAAAUGGCUGAAGUCAAGCGAGUCCAGCCUUCUUGGACCAUAGAAGAAUACACAAGGAACUCUGGGGAAAAGGGGAAGCUGACAGCUCUGGAUCUCCAGACUCAAGAAUCUUUAAAUCCAAAUAAUUUAGAAUACUGGAUGGAAGAUAUUUAUACUCCAGGCUAUGAUUCAUUGUUAAAACGUAAAGAGGCUGAGUUCCGAAGAGCAAAGGUGUGCAAGAUUGCUGCCUUGAUUACAGCAGCUGCUUGCACUGUCAUCUUGGUCAUUGUUGUGCCCAUUUGUACAAUGAAGUCAUGACUCCAUAAAGAGGACCAAGAACACUGGACUGUUAACUGUACAUAAUUCCAGAUAUCUUCUCUUGUAUUUUCACAUCUUGUGGCAAUAUAAUAACAAUUUAUUGGAAUGAAUGUAAUAUCAUGGUGGUUAUUCUGUAAAUGAUGAAGAUAAUUUUCAAGAAAGUCUACUUUUAGAAAGAAAUGCACUAUUCAAAUCAACUCAAUCAAAAUUUUUAUGCAUUUUUAGAAUUGUAAUAUUUUUCCUACCAAAACAAUACAUUUUAGCAGUGAAAUUAAUAGAAUUCCAAGCAAAAAAAAAAAAAAGGAAUGAAAGAAAGAAAAAAGAAAAGAAAGCAUGCAUUUGCCUCUUGUGACAUUUUUUAUGAAAUUAGGCAGUGGCAAUUGUGUUAUAAUGAAGAUAUUUGAUACUUGUCUCCUUGGAGCAGCCAAGCCAAGAGAUAUUAAAUUGUAAAGAAAUAUGAAUGUAUUAUAUUUUUACUUAUCAUAUAUACCUUUAUUGUCCAAUAGAAGCAGGUUGUAUAUCCAUAAAAGGACUUUAUUUCCUUAUUGAAAUUCCUAAAGGGCUCUUGAUUAUUCAUUCUUGCCCUUCUCCCUUCAUUAGUAUCCAUGUGCAAGUUCUUUCCCACUUGGCAGUUCUCCAUUUUAUUACGCUGUGUACCCCUCUUGCUCAUUAUUGAUUUGUGAAAAGGAAGAAUAGGUCAAUUCUAUUAGGAUCUGGCAGGAAAAUUUGCUCUGGAAACUUACUUGAGUAAAGCAUUGAGUAUUGUAGACUGACAUGAGCCCCCAACACACACACACAGCCCCCACCACACACACACACACACACACACACACACACACACACUCAAAAGUUCUGUUUAAUAAUAUCUCAAAUACUUUCAUUUAAAAAGUUACAUUUGAAAAUCAUGGAUACCAAAGGGUGAAAUUCCUUUCUUUGCAGGGGCAAUGAGCAUCAAUCACAGUAAUAUUUCUCCUACUUGGAUUCCUCAUCCUGUUUUUCUAGAGACACUGAAAUAUGCCUUUCUGCCUCACAGGAUAGAGAUAACAGUUUACUUCUUAUAUUUUCAUUGCAUAAUAUUUUGAUAGACCACAUUAUAAAAAUCAGCAAUUUCUAAUUGCUAUCACUUUUUUUCAAUUGCUAACUAACUGGUUACUGAGAUAUUUUCUUUCCCCUCUUCUUCUUCUUCUAAUUUCUGGAGAUAUACUUAAAAUGUUUUGUAUUUUCUGAUAAUUUACUUGAAAAAUAUCAUAACUCUGGUAUACAGAAAGUUCCCAACAGUAUUUUCUCUCUUAUAAUUUGGUGAAUAAUUUAGCAAUCUUACUGAAAAAUCUGAUUUCAAGUUAUUGAUUAAAAGGAAACAAAGGCUGACAAGUUUUUUAAAGUGACCCUUUCCAAUCACAAUGGAUAAUUACAAUUUUUUAUUGUUGAUGUUGGACAAGGAUUGCCUAUUUUUGUAUGAAUAGGAAUCUAAACACUCAUAAAAACUCCAAAAUAGUUAUAUAUAAUUUCAUGUGCUUAAUUGCAUAUCUUGGAUAUGCCUUAGAUAUGGUAGGAAGGUGCUCAGUAAAUAUUAAAUCAAUCUAUUAGCAUAUUAGUGCUGGCUAAUUUAAUACAUGAUUGAACUUCAGUUUAAGAAAUAGCCUUGUUAACUCUGUUUGCAAAGUCAUAUUCAUGGACUUUCAUUUAGGAUACUGAAAUCUUCAUAUGUGAAGAUAUGGAUUUAUGGAUAGAUACUAAAAAGGUUAAAAGUUCUGCUUAUAGAUAAAAAUUGACUAUUUAAAAAAAAUGCAUCUCAUCAGUUUCUGAGAGUAUUUUAGUCUGAACUGAACACAAUGAACCUUUUUGUCUUCCAACCAAGGAGAUCAUUGUAUUAGCUCCUAUUGAGAUGCAAAAAUGGAAGUAAACAAUCAGGUGUGAUUUCCCAGACCCCUCUUCACUCAGCUUCUAGCCUCAGUCCCACAAGUCUCUCCUUCCAAAGUGAAGCCAACAUGGAGUCAAGAAUAACAACAACUUAUAUUCUUGUUCUAUGGCUUCCAAAAGAGUUGGACAGAUUAUUUCUAUAUGCCAGGACCAUUUUAAAAUCUCCUUAUCCUCUCUUUAGUAAGAUCAACAGGAAAGAUGCUAUUACUUCUUUCUAGAAAUUCAGCUCUUUUUUGCCCCCCUCUUUGGGGAUGCCUGAAACAUAUGCACACACAGCAGUGUGGCUCUAUGUCUCAUAUUUAAAGGCAUAAAAGCCUGUAAGAACAUGUGCCUUCUCAUGUGUGUUUGCCAUGAGAGAAGCAGAGAAAACUAGACUGAUUCUUUACUUCCAAUACAACUUCUCAAAACAAAAUCCAGCCUCGAUGAUAAAUAAUCGGUGAUUCCAUAGAUAUUUGUACCUCUAUAAUAGAUUUAGGGCAAAAGGGGACCAUAGAAAGCAUCAUUUUGUCAGUGACAAAAAUGAGGCUUGGAGAAGACCUGAGUUGUUCAAGGCCACUUAAUAAAUCUCAAAGCUGGGAUUUGAAUCCAGAUUCUAUGACUCCAAACUCAGCGCAUUUUUCACUGAUUCACCACAUAAGGGUCAGUAGUAUAGAAGAAUCAUAAUGAUAAGGAGGGCUUCCAUAGAGCACAGAGCCUUUUGGGAUCAUAUUAGAUCAACCUGACAAAUAAUCACCAUAGCAAGUUUUUUUUGUUAGGAAGUCAUUAUGGUCAGAAGUCUAUGCUAAUCUUAGUGAUUAUGAAGAUAACCCUGUAUAUGUAAGCAGUGGGUUCUGGGGAGAUGCUCUGGUCUUUCCUCAGACACAAAGUUUUCUCCUAGCACCACAUUUCUUGGCUUGUGAGCUCUCCCAGGUUCUCCUACAUUCCUUCAUUGGCAGGGGAGUGAGGCCAGGACUUUUUAGUCCUGUACAACAUUGCUGAAGCCCAUCAAGCAUCUCUGAACUGGGGUAUUUCCCUAAGUGGCUAUUCAGCAAGUUGCUGUGGUGUUUCAUGUCUUCUUUGCUAUCCUUGUAUAGCAGGCACUGUACUCUCUGACAUUUUUCUAAGUGAUACAGUUAGUACACUGUGCCUGAAGAUUGAUAUCCUCAUAGAAAAAUUCAUGUAAUUCCAACCUCUCUCAAUAUUGGAUCACCUUUUUUGGAUGUAUGUGUUGUGUUUUAAAUAAAUAUUCAGAUACAAUUAUGAGAAAUAUAUGCUAAAAUAAGUUAUUCUUAGCCAAUGAUUAAAUUCAUAAUCAUUUCAUUUUUCUUUGUAGAUCUGUUUGGUUUCAGCUUAUUUUGAACACAGUCUUGCAGAUAAGUAAAAAAUAUUACCAACUCACAACUUUAAAAAAUUUCUUUUUGUCAAAACUUUUACCUACACUCUCCUUUAUUAAGACUAUACAGUCUGUAUAAUAGGGUGUAAUAAAUGAAAUUGGCAUCUUUCCCUACUAGGUGGUCAUAAAUUAUUAGUAAUUCCAAGGCAUGCUGCUAUAUGACUUUCUCCAAGGCUAGUUUAAUAGACAUGCUUCACUUCUUAAUCUACAUGUCUCAUGGCUUACCUGUAGCAGACUCCAACAAGCAAUGAAUUCUGUUAAGUGGUGCAAUAAUUCAUGAAUAUGUUUGACACACAGUAGGUUCAUUGUGAACAAAAGCAACCUACAAGAAUAUUGUGGUCAAUCUUGUGAACUAAUUACCAAACCAAUAUAUACUGUAUAUUGUACUAUGGAAACUUGUAUAAAAUGGAAAAGAUAUUGGUGAUCUUUGAUGUGAUUUGGGGGGGGGAUGUUAUUAGACAAUAUUUAAUAUUUAAGUAAUAAUGAAAAUGCAAUGAACUGUUUUUUUUCUUAUGCCUUAUAAACAACCUGAUAUAUAAAGAAUAAAAUGAACUUUUAAGAAUGAGGACUAUUAAGGAAUUGUACAUCCUUUGGGAAGCAAGGACUGUCUUUUAUAUGUCCUAAACAGCACUAGGCACACUCUCAGUGCUUAAUAAAUGUUAUAUGAUACCAAUAACUGAGUAUGUUUUUAGAUUGUUUUUCUUUCCAAAUGGUGAGCAUAAAAAUUUGCUAAUAUAUAAUGGUUGGUUUCAAGUUAUUGCCUAAAUUUUGCCUCUCC